CAGAGGGGCCAUGAGGAAUAUAAGAAGUCCGAUCAGCCCAGCCUGGCCCUCAGAGCCAACCUAGCAUAGAGACCCACACAUCUGCUAGAGAGAGCUGCGCUCAGCGCCCACGCCCACUCUUCUGGCUAGCCUUCACCCAAGCAGCAGAAGAGGACUUCAGAGAGAGAUUGAACACAUAAUCAGCUGCACACAUCAACCAGCUAACUAAUAACCAUGAAUCUCGAGGUCCCCAAGUUGGAGAUCAAGUCUGCCACCCGUGUCACUGGAGGCCCUGCAACACCACGCAAGGGACCCCCUAAAUUCAAGCAGAGGCAGACUCGCCAGUUCAAGAGCAAGCCCCCCAAGAAGGGAAUCCAGGGCUUUGGCGAUGACAUCCCUGGAAUGGAAGGCUUAGGCACUGACAUCACAGUAAUCUGCCCCUGGGAGGCCUUCAACCACCUGGAGCUUAGUGAGCUGGCCAAAUAUGGUAUCAUCUAAGUCAUCCAGACCUUCACCAUCCAUCCCACAGUCCUCUGCAUCCACCUCCAUCUACUUCAAGCCAUGCAUGUGCCUCGAGCACUCUCACUGGGUUUGACUAGAACUUUCAAACAUAAACCAAAGAAUAAAUAAAGAAAGAAAACGUUACAGAAAAA